AUGAUUAGAUGUUUUUGCUUAGCAGCUAUAAAGGAGCAUUUUGAGUUCUAUGUUAACAGGUCAAGUAACACGAGAUACUCUUUGGUAUGUACUGAUGAAAAGUGUACUUGGACUGUUCGAGGUUCAAGAAUUAAGGAAUCAACACUUUUUAAAAUAGUUAAAUUUCAGAGAACACAUGAGUGCUCAGUUGAUAUUCGAAAAUCAGAUCAAAGGCAAGCAACUUCAAAUGUGAUUAGAGAUUACGUGAUUGACAACUUAAGAGACAUAGCUACUGAGGUAAAACCUAAGUUUGUCAUUUCAGAGAUGAAAAGAGCACAUGGAAUUGAUGUUGGUUAUGGAAAAGCAUGGCAUGCUAUUCAAAAGGGGUUAUCUUUGUUAAGAGGAACAACUGAACACAAUUAUGAGCAGCUGUCAUCAUAUUUGUAUAUGAUGGAACAAAAAAAUCCAGGAUCAUAUACAAAUAUUGUGAGAGAUGAAGAAAACAGAUUUGUUUACAUGUUUUUUAUGUAUGGGGCAUCAAUUUCUGGGUGGAAGUAUUGUAGACCACUAAUUGCUGUUGAUGGAACAUUUCUAAAAGAUAAAUAUAGAGGUGUUCUAUUAGUGGGUGUUACCAAAGAUGCAAAUAACCAGAUUUUUCCUAUAGCUUUUGGAGUAGUGGAUAAAGAGAAUAAUGAAUCAUAUGAAUGGUAUUUCAGGGAAUUAAGAAAAGCAAUUGGGAUUCGUAAUGAUUUAAUGUUCUCGUCAGAUCGACACAAGGCUAUUGCAAAUGGAAUUGCAAAGGUUUUCCCUGAGUGCUACCAUGGAAUUUGCAUCUAUCAUUUAGAAAAGAAUCUAAAGCAAAGAAGAGUGAGAAACACUCUGAUAAAUCUCUUUCAAAGUGCUGCAAGAGUACACCUUCAAUCAGAAUUUGAUGACUUCAUGUCCCAAAUAGCUGCUGUUGAUAAGAAAACUUUCAAUUAUUUGAUGGAGGAACCGCCAGGAAGUGGGCUCGUUCACAUUGUCCCAGAAGAAGAUAUGAUAUGUUAA